UGGGUUGAGCCUGCAUCCGACUCGAACGAAAUGGCACCGUCACCCACAAAGCGUAAGGAGGAGGAAAAGUCAAAGGACAGGGGAAAAGAGAAGACUGCCACUAAGGAAGGGGGGGACAAGGAGAGAGGCAGGGAGAAGGGCCACAAACGACGCAGUGCAUCCACUGGGAGCAGCAGCAGCUCCAGCAGCAGCUCUGGCUCCAGCUCUGGUUCCUCCAGCGGCUCUAGUUCCUCUGGCACCAGCCGCUCUGGGUCUUCCGGUCCAGCUCCUCCAGCUCAUCUAGUUCCUCUUGGGUCACCCGACCCCGGCCGCCGCCGCCGCCACGACAACCGUCGCCGCUCCCGCUCCGC